AUGGACGGGGAUCUCAGUCUUUCCCAAUCCUUUGGGGGGUUGAGAAUUGCCAAUCCAGAUGAUUCUUCCCUUAACGAGUCGGAAGAUGCAGUGACCCCGGCCCUGGCGAGUAUACCGGCAUCAACGACACAAACCCAACCACCCCUCACAGAAGCUCCUCAGAACGCGUCCAUACCUCCCUCAUCGUCGGCCGAUGAGCCAGAACAAGAUUACUCGCCAACUGAACCGAUUGGUGAUAUCAAUUCCCAGACGUCCUCUACGCAGCAUAAUGCGCCGGAUCCAGCGCACCAGCGCCAGGCGAAUCGAUCUUCAGUGGCCUACUACCCUAACCAUUCUUCCUCGCAACAUUUUUCCGGUCAGCACGGUCUUACCCGUACACCGUCGGCGCCCGCAUCUCAUUACGCUAAUGGUUCGAAUGCGGUUGCUCGCGACUUGAAUAAUUAUCGGAUCCGUACCGACUCGAAUGCCUCGUCGGGAACCGACAAGAUGAGCCGCUCUGAUUCCAGAGGCGGCUCCUCGGCUCUUCAGGCGGGGGUACCUUCGAGAGACAGUAGUCACAGCGACCGAUCUUAUAAAACGGCCCAAUUUCCGUCCGGAAACGGGCCACUGCCUCCACGACAAGGCACGCGGCCUGCCGGCCACAGCAAUACUGCGUCCCAGCUAUCUGGUUCACCAUAUUCGUUGGAAAACGGUCCUCCCAUGAGCAGCGAGGAAUGGCAGGAACGGGGUGCAGCCGUCGGGGUUCGCAAAGAGGUGGACGCCAAUGGGCAGGUGGUUUCUCGAUACAUCAAGAAGGGAGUUCGGGAUUUCUCUUUUGGCCAUACACUUGGAGAAGGGUCCUACAGCACAGUAGUGCUGGCGACGGAUCGCCAGACGCUGAACGAAUACGCCAUUAAGAUUCUUGACAAGCGUCACAUCAUCAAAGAGAAGAAGGUCAAAUACGUCAACAUUGAGAAGGACACGUUGAACAGACUCACGGACCAUCCCGGGAUCGUCCGGCUGUACUACACUUUCCAGGAUGAGCGGUCGUUAUACUUCGUUCUGGAUUACUGCAAAGGCGGCGAGCUGCUAGGCGUCUUGAAGCGGAUGACCACUUUUGACGAAGAAUGUACCCGAUUCUAUGGCGCCCAGAUACUCGACACCAUUGACUACAUGCAUAAACGGGGAGUUAUCCAUCGCGACUUGAAACCGGAGAAUAUAUUGCUGGACAGUCAGAUGCACACCAAGAUCACGGACUUUGGUACGGCGAAGAUCCUCAAAAGUCCGAAGAAGCCCGAAGAGGGCUCAAACGACAUGCCGCCACUGGACUCCACCGAGAUUCCGGAGGAGGAGCGCGCAAGUUCCUUCGUGGGGACGGCCGAAUAUGUCAGCCCCGAGCUGCUCACGGAUAAGAAUGCUUGCAAAGCGAGUGACCUGUGGGCAUUUGGUUGUAUUAUUUUCCAGCUUCUGGCGGGUCGACCGCCAUUCAAAGCCGCCAACGAGUACCUGACCUUUCAGAAGAUCGUUGCACUGGAGUAUGAAUUCCCGACCGGGUUUCCUCCUGUUGCUCGUGAUCUCGUUGAACGGCUUCUUGUCCUCGAUCCUACAAGGCGCCUGCCAAUCGAACAUAUUAAGAACCAUGAAUUCUUUGACGGAAUUACAUGGGGUCGAGGGCUAUGGAAACAAAAGCCCCCCCGACUAAAGUCAUAUGUUCCUCCGCCUCGUGAGCCGAUCAAGUUGAACGGCACUAGUGAAGGGGAGAGCUUCCCGCCAAAUAUCUCUACCACUCCGUCGACGGCAGCCAGCGUCAGUUCGAGAGCUUAUCAUCCACGAGUCAUCACCGAACUCCCUCCUCCGAGCCAACUAGAUAUCGAGUGGUCGCCAGUACUGACCAAGAACAACGAGCGAAUAUUGAAGUUGGGCAAUCUGGUCGUUCUCUCUUCUCCAGCUCCUCACAGCCCCACGUCAAGAAACGGAAACGACAACGAAACGGCAAAGAAAUUUUCCCGCUUUUUUGGAGGAAGUACCACCAAGAAGCGGCAGCGCUUGGUUAUGGUGACUUCCGCUGCCCGUAUUAUCUUGGCGGCGGCCGGUGGCGAGGAGAAGAAGGCGAAGCUGGAAAUAAAUCUCCUUGCCCCAGGGACGCAAUACCGGAGUUCGACCGACUCAAAGGGGUCUUCGUCCUGGGUGGUUGAUACGCGAGAGAAGCAUUUCGUUUUUGAGGAUCCCAAGCCCUCGUCCGGCAAUACGGGAUCCUCGGCAAUGUCGGCGCAAGAGUGGCUGGAUGCCCUUGACAGAGCGAAGGAGAUGGCGGCGUCUCAACAAGGACAGCAAUAUUCUGGUGACGAGGCUUACCGGGAUAUGUCGUCGGCAUUUUCGAGCCAGACGAACACGUUGGACCACAGUUCUGAAUUCCAGGGCGAGGGGAGGACCACUCACGUCAAACACCAAGGCACAGAUUCGGAUUCUGUCAGGGGCAAGAAACGAUUCAGCAGACGGCAUUCGAAGAAUGGUCUUGCCGCUGUUUUCUAA